UCAUAUAUCAGUAACCUCUUCCUUCUCUCUUCUUCUUCCAAUCUAUAAAAAAUAAUAAUACUAGUAAUAUAUACACACAGAAAAUCGUAAAACAUGGCAAAGAACCAGCACCAACACAACGACUCUACUGAAGACGCCAACAUUGGCCAUAUCAAGCACACCGAGUCGAAUGGAUUUGAAAACGAAUCCGAAAAGACCCAAGAGCGUGUUGAGGAGGAACCACAGCAGAUCGAAAUUAUCGAAACAUCCUUGCCAGUCUAUGAAAAGACUGAACACACAGAGAAGGUCUGCGUACAAAAGAAAGUCGUCGAAAAGUCCCAAGAGCCCAGCACUCGUUUCGUCACACGAGUAGGUGCCAUCCCCAUCGUACACGACAGCGUGUCUACAGUACAGGCCCUUGCCAACAAAACCUUCCUCGGCAGAUUCGCCCUCACCACAGCCACAUCCACCCUGGAUACCGUAUCAAAGUACACUUCCAGUCAACCUCGCUACGUUCAGUCCUAUUAUGAAACUUACGUCCAACCCCAUCUUGAGCGGGCUGACCAGCUCGGUUGCCGCUCCCUUGAUCUCAUCCAAACAAAAUUCCCUGUAGUCGUCAAGCCCACCGCAGACAUCGCCCAAGCUGUCGCCGGCCCAUCUCUGCGUGCCAUGGAUGGCGUCAAGGACAAGCUCGACAGCACCCUCACAAGUACCUUUGUCAGCAUCGCCCAACCUGCCCAACAAGCCGCAAAGAUCGCCAACCAGCGCUUAACAUCUGUUGUCGACACCGUCGAAUUCACCCUCAACCACUAUCUGCCCACCGACCCCGCAACAUCUUCCCAGACACGCGCUCUCGAAAUGGACGACAACCAGGCUGUCCGGGCCUACAAUGUGCUCAACCAGGCAACCCUCCGCCUUUCACAGCACGUGUCCGAACAGGUCCGGUCUACCACCGCCCAACUGCCCCGAUCCCGCGAUGAAUUCGCCCGUCUGGCCGAAACAUCUGCCCUCGUCCAGUCCACAACCGCAAACAUCCAGCUACUCAACCAGACCGUCCGUCACUCUGUAACGGUCUACAGCCAGGCUGCCCACGAGCGCUUACCCCCCGCCGUCGCUGCCAAGCUCAUCGUCCUCCAGUCCACCACCACAGAGCGCAUCCAGACCCUCACCCAGCAGGUCUCGCUACAGCUCACUCAGGUCGUAGGCUUUGUCAAGACACAGUCCCACGAGACCCCCGAAUGGGUGCGUGCCCGCAUGGGAUCGCUUGUUGACAUCGCCAGUCAGCAAUUGGAUACCGUCCGUCUCGAACUCAAGCGCUCUGAUAUUUCCUCCUUUGAGAAGGCCAAACACGUCGCCCAAGGCCUCCAAGACCAAGUCCUUCCCGUACUCCAGACCAUCCAGUCCCAGCUCACCCGCUACAAGGAUCAAGCCCGUCAAAGAGCUCAGGAUGAUCUCAGAUCUCCCCUUGAAUAUCUUGGUCUCCACGCUCCUCAGGUUGCCCAAGCCAACUAAAUCCUAACUUUUCCUUUUUUUUUUCUUUUUCACCUUUAUCCUCACUCUCACCAACUUCUUCUACAAAUCCUCCCAACCUCCUCUUCUUCUCUCUUUUUUUUUUUUUUAGCUUUUUCAUCUUUCCAUUUCUUUAUUCUUCUUUUUUUUUCUUACAUCUAUUUUUUUAUAUAUCAAUUCUAAAGAAAUAGACGUCGUUCCAAGUUAACCAAAGUUUAUUACUCAGUAAUACUUCAAACCUGCUUAUCAGCAAGUGUCCCAAUAAAAAUACAAAACCAACGCAUGGAUCCUUUCAC